UUAUCAACUUUUUUUUUUCUUGCAGACAUCAGAGGAACAAAUGUAAUUAAUUCUGUAGUAAGUGAACAUUUCUUCUAGACUGAGAAAUUUAGUUAUUACAGCUACAGCUAUUUCGCAGGACACAAUGUAGAUCAGCUAUGUAAAGUGUUUUCUUCAUAAUAUCUCGGAAUGGAACAGUCAGCCGCCUGUUUCUGUUUUGCUUAAGACAAAACAACCGUCAGGAGUCUCACAUCCCUGGGAUUGUUGGAUAAUUUUUACUUAGUUAAAUAUUCCUCUUAGUUUGGUGGACGGGGCAGAAAAAGAGAGGACCCUGGGAACGAGGUUGAAGAGAGACUCGUUCAUGUCCCAUCCUGUUGGUUUAUUUUAACUUCAGUUUAACUUCUGGUUAAUCUUUUUGUCAUCUUUUGUUAACAGGCUACCAGUGAACAAAGACUGCAAUCAGUGAGACGAGUAUGCGGUAAUACAACAAAGUCGUGGGAUUCUCUCUCCGCUAAAGAAAAAUAUAUCCUUGGAAGACACAUUUUAGUAGAUGACAAGCAUAGAUUUUUAUAUUGUUCCAUACCGAAAGCUGCCUGCUCAAACUGGAAGAGAGUAUUGAUGGUGCUUGAUGGUAGAGUAACCAACAUCAGUGCAGUAGAGAAAGUACAACACAGUGUUUUCACAAGGCUGAAAGAUUUUCCGCCAUCGGUUGCUAAACAGAAACUUCGGGAGUACUAUAAGUUCAUGUUUGUGCGAGAACCUUUUGGAAGACUUCUAUCAGCAUACAAAGACAAGUUUGUCUUAAACAAUACUGUUUUCCACAAAAGGUAUGGGACACAGAUAAUACGACACAUGCGAAAAAAUGCUCAAGCAAAUUCUAAAGGAGAUAAUGUUAAAAUGAGAGAAUUUCUACAACAUGUCUUGGACAGUCAUGCGGAGGACAUGAACGAACACUGGAUGCCAUUUUACAAGUUAUGUCAGCCAUGCGUUGUUUCUUAUGACUUCAUAGGAUCCAUGGAGAAUCUGGAAUCAGAUUCUACUCAAGUUUUAAAACAGCUUAAUGUUAACGAACAAGUCUCUUUCCCCAGACGACAAAAUUUUUACCGGGCAGGGGGGCGAGGAUAUGUCGAACCCGAGAAAUACUCACAUGUACCCUUAGAUGUGAAAAGAGAAGUUAGGAAAAAAUAUGCUCUAGAUUACGAAAUGUUUUCAUAUGAAAUGCCCAAUUAA